AUGCCAGCAAAAAGAAUUGCAGUGAUUGGAGCUAGGGUCAGUGGACUGGGUGCCAUUAAAGUCUGUCUGGAAGAAGGACUGGAACCCACUUGCUUUGAAGGAAGUCAUGACAUUGGAGGACUCUGGAGAUAUGAAGAAAACUAUGAACCUGGAAGGCCUUACAGUGUCUACAAGUCAAGGACUUGCAUCUCUUCCAAGGAGAUGACAGCCUAUAGUGAUUAUCCUUUUCCUGAUCAUUACCCCAAUUCCUUCCAUAAUUCCAAAAUUAUGAAGUAUCUUUGGCUGUAUGUCAAGCACUUUGAUCUUCUGAAGUACGUCCACUUCCUGCCAAAGGUGUGCAGUGUGAGGAAGCACUCUGAUUUCUCUUCCACUGGCCAAUGGGAUGUUGUAGUAGAUGCCAAUGGGAAGCAGGAAUCCUAUGUCUUUGAUGCCAUCGUGGUUUGCAGUGGCUAUUAUAAUGAUCCCUAUUUUCCAUUAGAGACCUUUCCAGGUAACAUCACAAAGUUCAAAGGCCUUUAUUUUCACAGUUGAAAUUAUAAAAGUCCUGAAAAAUUUUUAGGGAAGAAAAUCCUUGUGGUCGGCAUUGGAAAUUCUGGAGCAGAUGUGGCCAGUGAGCUCAGUUGUGCGGCUAAACAGGUUUUCCUCAGCACAAGGAGAGGAGCAUGGAUAUGGAACUGUGUUUGGGAUAAUGGAAAUCCCAUGGACACUGUACUCUUCACUCGUUUUCAUAGCAUCAUCAAUAGAAUGCUAACAGCUUCCAUGAUCAAUAAGUGGGCAGAGAAUAAAUUGAAUGCACUGUUUAACCAUGAUGUUUAUGGUCUACAGCCUAAACAUAGGUUUCUGAGCCAUCAAGCUACCCUGAGUGAUGAGUUGCCCAAUCACAUCAUUACUGGAAGGCUACAAGUAAAACCAAAUGUGAAGGAAUUCACUAAAAGUGCUGUCAUCUUUGAGGAUGGUUCUCAAGCACGUAUUGAUGUUGUUAUCUUUGCCACAGGAUACACUUUCAAUUUCUCUUUCUUAGAAGGCAACUCAGAAGUUCUUGACAGCCAGUGUUCCGUGUUUAAAUUUGUAUUUCCUCCUCAACUUGAGAAGCCAAUGUUAGCUUUAGUUGGCAUUGUUCAACCAAUCGGAGCUACCCUUACUGUAUCAGAACUCCAGAGCCAGUGGGCUACACGUGUAUUCAAGGGGCUGAACAAAUUGCCUUCAGCAAGUGACAUGAUGGCUGAAAUCAAACAGAUAUGAGACAAAAUUGAAAAUCAGUUUCUGAAAAGCCCACGUGAUAUACGACGAGUUCCUUUCAUUGAUUACAUGGAUCAAAUUGCCUCUGAAAUAAAAGUGAAACCCAACCUCCUGUCACUCUUCCUCUGGGAUCCCAAACUGGCCUUUGAAGUUUUCUUUGGUCCUUGCACUCCAUACCAGUACCGACUACAGGGACCUGGGAAAUGGAAUGGGGCCAGGAGAGCCAUCCUGACCCAAAGAGAACGCAUCAUCAAACCCUUGAGGACCCAAGUGAUCAGCAAUGGUCAACCUCCAUUUUAUAGGUAUUUGUGGCAUAUAGGUAUCUGUGUUAGUACUCUCUUUUUUCUUAUUUUUAUAAUUAAGGUAUAA